AUGGGGAAGCCUGAAGGAGAAAAUACUGUUUGGUCCCUAUUGGAGAAGCGGAACCUGCGUGUCACAUCCAACAGGAAGGGCAGCACUAAUGCCGCUGCGCCUCAGAGCUGUGGGACCGUGCAGAAAGGAGCCAGAGAUCGACAGUGGCUGGAGAGAGGGACUCUGAUUUCCCAGCUGGCAAAUGUUUCCGUGCUAGAAAAUCAUCACUGGCGAUCUACAAUAGGCAUGCUUCGAGAGUCACGGCUCCUCGCACAUCUGCCCAAGGAGGUGACACAGGACAUCGAGCAGCAGCUGGGCUCCCUGAUCUUGGCAACAGACAUCAACAGGCAGAAUGAGUUUUUGAUCCGUCUGAAGUCUCACCUUGACAAUCAAGAUUUGAGGCUGGAGGAUGCACAAGACAGACAUUUUAUGCUUCAGAUUGCACUCAAGUGUGCUGACAUUUGCAACCCUUGCCGGCUCUGGGAUCUGAGCAAACAGUGGAGUGAACGGGUCUGCGAAGAGUUUUACCGGCAAGGUGAUCUGGAACAAAAAUUUGAACUGGAAAUAAGCCCCCUUUGUAAUCAGCAGAAGGAUACAAUACCAAGCAUACAGAUCGGGUUCAUGACGUACAUCGUAGAGCCACUCUUUGAGAGGUGGGCCCAGUUUACAGGCGAUACCCCCCUAUCUGAAAAUAUGCUAAACCAUCUCAGGAGGAACAAGGCCAAGUGGAGGAGUUUGCUCCACAAGCAACACAGCAGUAGUAGGAGCAAUGACCACUCAGGUCAAGUGACUGGCAGCCAAGAACAGACUUUAAAUGAAGAAGAAACUCCUUAGUGGCAGCUUUGCACUUUUCCUUAGAGCACUGCUAUCUCCGUCUUGAUCACAGCAGCAAACAAAAUCCUGGGGAGCUAGGAGCCUGUUGUCAAGACCGUGGAAAACGAAGAAAUGGCAAAGUAGAAGCUUCAAGGGUCCUCACAAACAAGCCCACGGUUCUUCUGGGUUCCUUUCUGGAUCUCUUUCGCGUUCCUCUCCCCUCUCUUCAUUCUGCGCAUGCCUGACGCCGUUCAUCACUUCUGACCAUGAACUGCCCGAACGCGGAGUCCCAGUCAGCAGUACUGAAGCCGGGCUGGUUACGGCUGCCACGAAGCAGGGAGGAUUACUGAGAGAACAGGGGAGAUGAUAGAGGCACUCUUGGUUAUAUGUUCACUUACCACGAGUCAUACUGUGACACAUGUAUAUAGGCCCAGAGCGCCAUAGGCUUUCCAGGCUGGCAGCUGGGCUGCACGUGAAACCACCAGCAUCUCCAGCAUCCAGAGGACGUUGGCUGAGUGAGACAGCGCUUACAGAGGGCAGAGCGAGUCUGGUUAUUUUAGUAAUUAA